CAACCAUAAAAAUUGCGUAAAAGUAAACAAAACAAAAAUGUUAAGAAAUUUCUUAAAUAUAGCACGAACUAAGAUAAUAGCAGACAAUUUUUAUGGUAUAAAGUCAUUCAGAAGUUAUUCUACGGCCAACGAAGUCAUCGGACUCAAGUACAAUCCAAAUGUCGUUAAUUCACUUAUGGAAUUUGAAGGAAACUGGCCAGAAGAUGUAAAAGAGAAGUUUAUUCAGGAUAUGGGAGUUGUGGAAAAUUUCAUCAGUGAACAAGAAGAACAAGAAAUCUUAACUGAAAUUGAGCCGUACCUAAAGCGUUUAAAGUAUGAAAGAGAUCACUGGGAUGAUGCUAUAAACGUAUUCAGGGAAACUGAAAGAAAAUCAUGGUUUCCACAAAAUAGAACUAUAAUUAACAGACUCAUUCAAACUGCAUUUAAAAAAGGUACAAGCACUUUACCUCACAUCCAUGUUUUGGACCUAGCUGCUGACGGAGUAAUUAAGGCACACGUUGAUUCUGUACGAUUUUGUGGAACGACAAUUAGUGGGAUAUCAUUACUAACUGAUGCUAUAAUGAAAUUAGUUCAAAGUCCUACAGAUCCUUUUGAGGCACCAGAUGAAUACAGACAACAGCCGAAAAAUGACACAGCUAAUUUAUAUUCAUGUAAAGUUCUGCCACUUGGAUUCAUGAUUUACAUUAUAAUAUCCAUCAAUAUCAUCGCACAAUUGAAGCAAUUCUGGGUCUUCAACCUGUAACCAUAUUUUAUUGGGGCUGAAUAUUUCAGAAAGCCAACCUCUAUUUGGAUAUUCUGUGAAUUAAUUUGAUACAUUUAUGUAUUAAUGGAUGUUCCGAAAUUAAUUAAAGCAUUAUUUACCUUCUGUGAUUUUAAAACUACUGAAUAAAUUUAAUAAUUCAUUCAUCUUCAAAAUGUCCAGCAAUGUACAACUUCCUGAUCUGGAACAGUGAAUGAUUGUUGACAUCGACUUUUGAACUUAACUGGGUGAGAACUUUUCAAAAUAGUUUUCAAAUUUUUGAAAAUCGUUACAUGAUUUUACAUUCAAAUUUUUGAAAACUGUUUGGUUUCAAAAAUAAAAUUUACGUUAA